GUCAACCCCUCUUCCUCCCUCUCUCUCUCUCUCUCCCUUUACCAAAAAAACCCCCUUUCUCCCCCUCUAUCCAACCCCCAGAUAAUACACGCCCACUAAAAGAAAAGACCGCUUUCUCGCUCUCUCCACCCCCCAGACAUACUCCCUCCCUGCCCUCGCUCCCCCCUUCUGUGUGGCGUCCGGUUCGGAACUUCACAUAACACUAUAUACUCCAGUAGUCUGACAGCUCCUUCACUAUAACUUUACUCGACCACUCCAAAAACAAACAAUGUCAUCGGACGAAGAUGAGCUGGAUCUCAAUGAAGCAUCCACACCUCAACUAAACACUCAGCCUGAAGACGAUGGCAUGGACACUGAAGAUGCCACAUCGGUAAGGAAUUCUCCUGCACCUGCACCACGGUCGUCCGAACCACCACAACGUCUGAUUGAUUACACACUGAAUCGUAACUUUGCUACCUGUAAAACAUACGAUUGCGUACCUUUGGUGGCGGCUAUUCAUCCAGCUCCUAUCUAUAGUGUUGCAGCUACACGAUGUUUUCGAUGGGUGUUUACAGGAUCCGAUGACGGUUAUGUGCGCAAAUGGGACUUUUUUUCUUCGAUGAAUGGCAAAACGGCCCUGACACAGGCACAGAGGCAUCAGCACGUGGACUCAGUGACGAUGGCAGGUGUACUAAGUUCAUGGUUUGAGAAUGAAGAGCAACCUGUUGUUGUCAAGUCAGAACCAACUGUGACAAACGAACAAGCAUCAUCAUCUACCACCACUACUACUACUACUACUACUACACCAGCAGCAGCAACAGACAACAGCAAUCCUAUUAUUGCAAACAGUAGUGUUAAUAGCACGAUCGUAGCAUCCACAGCAGCACCAUCAUCAUCAUCAACCACAACAAACCUAAACCAUCCACAGCAACCGCCCAAAUUAUCACCCGUGUAUAGUAUGGAUGUUCAUUCCGAAGGAUUAUGGGCGCUUCUGGGUACGGAAAGCGGCAAUAUCAAUUUGGUCACGGUGCGUCACGAUGAAGGCAAAUGUCAUCACGUCUUGCGAUCCCACACAGCCCCAGUAUCGGUGUUACGGGUGACACCCGGGGAGACGGGCGUGAUCAGUGGGUCUUGGGACAAGUCUGUGCUUGAAUGGGAUCUCAACACGGGAUCCGUUGUAAGAACGUAUGCGGGUCAUAGUUCCCAGAUAUCAUCGGCCUCGUUCCAGCCCGUGUUUGACCCAUCCAAGGAUGAGGAUCAGGAAUGGGAUCAAAAGAAUCCGAAUAUUUUCAUGACAACUAGUUUUGAUGGUCAGUGCUUCAUUUGGGAUCGGCGGGAGCCCGAAAAGGAUGCAACCAAGUUGGGAUUAUCGGACCGAACUCCGCCUUGGUGCUUGUCGGCUUGUUGGAGUGCUGAUGGUUCAAAGAUAUACAUGGGACGACGUAAUGGACAGGUCGAUGAAUGGGAUUUUGCAUCUCAGAAACUGAUUCGAUCGUUCCGAAUGCCUGCUAAUUCAGGUCCAGUCUCCUAUGUGGCCAGUAUGCCAAAUAACAAACAUAUCAUUUGUGCAUCCAAUGAUAAUGUACGUCUUUGGAAUACCGAGAUUGAGUCGAUUUUUACACUAUAUCCUGAGGCUGACAAGACGCCAAAACCAUCCUCGUACGUGAUUCCAUUUACGAUCUUACCCGGGCAUCAUGGAGGCACGAUUUCUCAUAUAGACAUCGAUCCGACUUGCCGCUACAUGAUUACUACGUCAGGCAACCGAGGGUGGGAUGGCAUAUCAACCAAUGCUUGUCUUUUCUACGACAUCACGCCCAUUGUCUAGCGCGUCUCUAGCGUUUAAAAUGUCUUGUUCACCAAGUUGCACAAUGCAUCAAACGGAUGACAAAGCAAAAGAAACAGUAGUAACUAAUGUAGUGCGCUUAUGUAUAUACGUGACAAAAUUUAUGAAAGACAAAACAUUGCUCACCGAGUAUGCGGCCUGUAAAUCUCCAUGAUAAAGUAGAGAGCUUGUCUAUUCUCUUGAAAAGAAGAAUGAAAUAGAAUUGAAACUACAUGUAUAUAUUUCCUUUGCAUCAAAUUUGAC